GCCGCCACUUGUCAGCUGUGUGACUUUGGUAAUUUGUCCAUUGCCUGAUGGUGAAAAAUGGGGGAAAUAGAAGGAACCUACAGAAUAUUGCAAACUCCAGGAACCCGAUUAGGAGUCCAGAAAAGCCCCGGAGUUAGCACGCUGGAACCAGGACAGACCCUUUCCACAGCGAUGGCACAGAAACCUUCAAAGUUGCAAGAGAGGAAUCUUCAGAUCAAAGUACAGUUGUUGGACAACACGUUGGAAGAACUUGACGUUGAGCCAAAAUGUUUUGGACAAAAAUUGCUGACAGAGGUUUUUAAACAUUUAAAUUUGAUUGAGUGUGACUACUUCGGGUUGGAGUUCCAGAAUAUUCAAUCUUAUUGGAUUUGGCUUGAGCCCAUGAAGCCCAUCAUCAAGCAAGUGCUGAGACCAAAAAAUACAGUGCUCCGGCUAUCUGUAAAAUUUUUCCCUCCUGAUCCCGGCCAAUUGCAAGAAGAAUACACAAGGUAUCUAUUUGCUUUGCAAAUCAAGAGGGACUUGGUGGAAGAACGACUUACUUGCAGUGACAACACAGCAGCUCUUCUCGUCUCUCAUCUUUUGCAAUCUGAAAUAGGGGACUAUGAUGAAACUCUGGAUCAAGAGCACCUUAAAAUAAACAAGUACUUUCCAAAUCAGGAAAGGGCUCAAGAAAAGAUAUUAGAGUUCCAUCAGAAGCACAUGGGCCAAACACCUGCUGACUCUGAUUUCCAGGUGCUCGAAAUCGCUCGGAAGUUGGAGAUGUAUGGUAUCAAAUUUCACGAGGCCUCUGACAGAGAGGGAACCAAAAUUAAUUUGGCUGUAUCUCACAUGGGAGUAUUAGUAUUCCAGGGCAGCACCAAGAUUAACACCUUCAAUUGGUCCAAAGUCCGGAAACUGAGCUUCAAAAGGAAAAGAUUUCUCAUUAAACUUCACCCCGAAGUUCACGGCCCUUAUCAGGAUACAUUGGAAUUUCUGUUGGGGAGUAGAAAUGAGUGCAAAAAUUUCUGGAAGAUUUGUGUGGAGUAUCAUACUUUCUUUAGAUUGUUUGAUCAACCCAAACCGAAGUCUAAAGCAGUUUUUUUCAGCCGUGGAUCUUCAUUUAGAUACAGUGGACGAACUCAAAGACAACUGGUGGAUUACAUUAAAGACAGCGGAAUGAAGAAAAUUCCCUUUGAAAGAAGGCACAGCAAAGCUAGAGUCUCCACUCGUACUUUGAAUGCAGACUUGCCAAAACAGAGUUUCUCGUUCCACGAGGGCUUAAGAAUUCCCGGCUCCCCCUCUUCUACAAAUGUCUCCUUCUAUUCGAUCCCUCCCUCUUCCCUGAUCCCCUCUGGCCUGCCCAUUUAUAUGGACAGCAACAAUUCUCUCGUGGAUCCCAGAGCACCGUAUGGGAAGAGCCCAACCACAGGAAGGAGCAGUGUAACAUCAGCCGAAGAAGCGGACAAGAAAAUGGCACAGCAUCACGGCUCACCGAUCCUCCAGUCAUUUCAAGGCCUCUCAGUGGACAGUCUUCACCUCUCUCCCUUCACGCUGAAGAGUCCAUUGACCUCGAUCCCUACAUUUCAGGUGAAUCUGAGCCCAACUGGACAGGAUUCCCCUCUUCUGAGUCCUGUCCUGAGUGAUGCUGGAGGUGUCGGAGUUGAAGACGAGGAGGAAACUAAACAUAAGAAAUUGGUGAGAACAAACAACAUUCGAAAGCGACCCCCAACGGACAAAGCAUAUUUCAUAGCAAAGGAGAUUCUUGCUACAGAAAGAACAUAUUUGAAGGACUUAGAAGUAAUUACUGUGUGGUUCCGUAGUGCAGUCAUCAAGGAGAAUGCCAUGCCUGAAGGUCUGAUGACUUUAUUGUUCUCCAACAUAGAUCCUAUCUAUGAAUUCCACAGAGGGUUCCUGAAGGAGAUUGAGCAGAGACUGGCAAUCUGGGAAGGGCCCUCCACUGCCCGUGGGAAAGGAGAUUAUCAACGGAUCGGCGACGUCAUGCUUAGGAACAUGCACAAUUUAAAGGAAUUCACUAGCUACUUGCAAAAGCAUGAUGAAGUCCUGACAGAACUGGAAAAAGCGACGAAGCGGCUGAAAAAACUGGAGGUGGUUUAUAAGGAAUUUGAACUCCAGAAGGUUUGCUACUUGCCCCUGAACACUUUCCUGCUGAAGCCGAUUCAAAGACUGAUGCAUUACAAACUGAUUCUGGGGCGACUGUGCCAGCACUACAGGCCGGAGCACAGGGACUAUACUGAUUGCCAGAAUGCAUUAAAGGAGAUUACAGAGAUGACAUCCCAACUCCAGCACAGUUUGAUUCGUCUGGAGAAUUUCCAAAAGCUGACAGAGCUGCAACAUGACUUGCUUGGCAUUGAUAACCUCAUAGUGCCAGGCAGGGAGUUUAUCCGGGAGGGCUGCCUUUAUAAGCUCACAAAGAAAGGCUUACAGCAGAGGAUGUUCUUUCUGUUCUCAGAUAUGUUGUUAUACACAAGCAAAGGAGUCACGGGUACUAAUCAUUUCAAAAUUCAUGGCCAUCUCCCUCUUCAUGGUAUGCUGUUAAUAGUGCUGGAGCCCCCGGUGGAAGAGAGUGAGAAUGAAUGGUCUGUUCCACACUGUUUCACUAUCUAUUCAGCUCAUAAAACCAUAGUGGUAGCAGCCAGCACUCGCCUGGAAAUGGGGAAAUGGAUGGAAGACUUAAACACUGCGAUCGAGGUGGCCAAGAAAUUCAGUGAAAAAUCUGAAACGCUCCUUGCAAACGCCAGAUAUAACUGUUCCAACCGAUCCUCAGAUGAGCUCUCUCUAGAACAGGAAUCUGAAGAAGAUAUUCACUCUUCACAUAACUCCUUGGACAGGCCAAAUCACCACCGUGCCAAUACUACCUUGCACGUGUGCUGGUAUCGCAACACCAGUGUCUCCAUGACCGACCACAGUGUGGCCGUCGAGAACCAGCUUUCCGGCUACCUUUUAAGAAAGUUCAAGAACAGCAACGGCUGGCAGAAGCUCUGGGUGGUAUUCACCAAUUUCUGUUUGUUUUUCUACAAAACUCACCAGGAUGAUUACCCACUGGCUAGUCUUCCGCUGCUUGGCUACAUAGUCAGCAUCCCCGUGGAGGCAGACAAUAUUCGCAAGGAGUACGUCUUCAAGCUUCAGUUCAAAUCCCACGUCUAUUUCUUCAGGGCUGAGAGCAAGUAUACCUUUGAGAGGUGGAUGGAGGUGAUAAAGAGAGCCACAAACUCUCAGGGGAGAAGCGGCCUGGUGAUGGCCAAAGAGGACCAGGAUUCACAAACAAACUGAGGCGGGCAGGGCCGGGCCUGUAGCUUCAGACUUCUGUUAAUGGGGACUGGACUUGACGCCUGGUCAAGUUGGAAGGAAGAGAAACUCCCGCAGCUCGUGGUAAAAGUGGAUGGUCAAGAUAAGUAACGGCCGACGGGUGAAGGUGGCUGAGAUACUCAUCCUCAGAAAAGAGUCUCAGUCUCUAUUGAACCUGCUCGAGGUGCCGUAGCGUUGAAUAAUCACUCCAAAUGUUUAAAGGGAGAAAAUCUCCACUUGCCAAUGGGUGGUAAUGUAUAUUGCAGGGUGUAGUGUCUUCAGGUUACGGAAGUCUUUGUGUGGCAUUUCAGCAGGAUGUCCCGCUUAGCUGUAGUGUACCCGUCCUUUCCAUUGUGACCAACUGUUGAGAAAAUGCCAGGAAUAUAGUAGAGAUUAGUGGUGCCAUUAUGGGCCACUCUAAGAAGCAUUUUCUGGAACCAAGAUCUUUUUUUUUCCUGAGACCCCUAGCCUCUCUACCAGUGUAGAAUGUUGCCAGUUUACAUUCCUGUUGUUUCAACCUUUUAGCAACAAAUUGGCUGCUUUCAAGAGGCUCAGCAGAGGCCUCGAAGGAGAAGACUAACAUUCACCUUCUACCUUCGUGUCAGAAAGACGAUGGUUUACAAAGUACUCAUAGCGAUUAACUACCUUUAGACGGGUUGGGGGGGAACGCGAAGGUGUUUUGCUUCUUAAACUUCGACUUGCUCUUAGUUGAGGUGGAACAAGUGUGGUUAAGUUGACAAAUUAUCUUGCUUUAAAACUGAGUAGACUUUUUUUUUACCGCAUGUUAAGAAAGGGUUGCCCAGUGUCUUUGGGAUUCUUUGUGUUUGGCACAUGAGCUUUUUUCCAAUCCACUAACUAUCGUAGAAUGCUAAAGCAUCAUUGGCAGAGGGAUGCUGGCUUUGCAGCCGGGAGUUUAGAGUUCCAAUGUUCAUUCGGGCGCCACCGCGACCUCCCCAAGGGGUGACGUUACUCACUCCUCGAUUCUUCCAUUUCCUCAUCUAUCAAACGGGGCUAGUAACACGUGCUACCUACCUCGCAGGGUUGAUGUGAGGAUUGAGGAGAUCUUUGAAAUUGUUUUCAAAUGCCUUGGACGAAACGUGCUAGAUUCAAGCCCGAUGAUAGUAGGGUUAAGGCCGGGUUAAUUACCUUGUGGGAAUCGCUGCCGGUUCCUUUAGACAGCGAGUCCGGCAAAGGCAAGCCCGGCCCUGUGAUACAUCACAGCGCAAACUCCACAUGGGGCUGAGCCUCCAGAUUAAAUUAGACCAAGACAGCUGCAGCCUGUUUCACUGUGCACGGAGUAGAUCAAACCCUUCAUGUCCCUGGCAUGUGGCUGAUGUAGCCUCCAGUGGGGGCAAAGUCUGGAUGUUUCUGAUUUAAGGUCCCGGAAUGUUGUUAGGGAGCAAAACGGCACGGAGAGUGGUGAUGGGGUUUGGCUGAGAUCUGAGAAGCCAUGCUUCAGAUAUCAGAGGUUGCUUGGUCAAGGGUUACAGCGUGAGGGAGAAAGAAGAGAGAGUCCUGUAUGUUGUGAGUGUAGGGGGGAAGAGGAGAACAAAAUCUGUAUGCAAAGCCAGAGCUGCUGGACUGCUGUGAAACAUUCCCCUCCCCUCUUGCCCCUCUCCUCUUCCCAACCUGGUGGGAUUUUUCCCCUCUUUGUUGAAUUGCGUUGGAAUUCGGCAAGGAAUAAAGAAUUCGCUUGCUGUCUUCACACGCUCCUUGGAGGAGAGACCAAACAAAACUUCAUUCUCUGUAACCGCUGUGUCCUAAUGGUGGAAACUCCACUGUAAGUACAACAUUCUGUGGUUUUUUUUUUU